UGAAAAUAUUCCAUUCCAUUGUAAAUGGAGAAUUUUCACUUAAAUUUUUAAUUUCAUUGUGAAGAUUAGUUGUGUUUGAAUAACCUGUUUACCAAUUAGAUAAUAUCUUAGUAGGUUAUAUUAUUGUUAUUGUUUGAGUAAAAAAUACAAACAUGACCGAAAAUGAAAACAAUCGACUGGUCCUGGAGCCAGCGCAGUUAGAAUUAGAACAAAUCAUACAAGAAGGUAACAAUGGAGUGGAUUCACCAAUGUUAUCACCUGUACAGAUACAACAAGAAUAUUUCGAAAAUCUGCCAGACUAUGAUUGGGUAAAGUAUGAGUUUAGCAACAGAAAAUACUUAUUACAAAACAUUGCAUUUGCCUUAUUUGGCACUCCAAGUUUUAACGGAGAUAUGCUAGAUGCUUCUUUAGAGGAUGCUCAUCUAGAAGGCUAUACUUCACGGCAAAAAGAAAGAGUCCUAAAUGUUUAUGAAAAAUUAUGUGAACAAAGCAAAUAUUCACAAAAUAAUGAAGAUAUUUAUAUGUCCAUAUUAUUAAUUGUCUGUGCAAAACCAAAACCUGUAAAAUUUUACCAGCUGGAACCAUCCAAUCAUUGGUUAGAUUUGCACCAAAGAAUUGAUACUGAUAUUUGGUGCACUGCUGUGUUUAGAGUCAGGAAAUGCAUCCCUACAACUGUUGGAGCUAAAACAUGUAAAGUGUACAUAGAUGAAAAUGCAAGAGUUUACCAGGACUGGGAUUCUUACUUGACCAACAAUACUUUGCCCAAGUGUGUCAUUAUUGCCCCACAAGAUGGUGAAUACCAAGGUGUAAUACAAGAAGGUGAAGAUACAUUUGCCGUCAAGUUGACAGUUACUCCAUCUGCAGCAUUAGGUCUCACUGCAAGAGUUCUCAGUACUGUAGACACUGCCAGUACAGUGGCGUCUAUAGGCGCUGUCGGGGUGUUGGGUGUUGCUGCCUUUACGCCUGUAGGACCUGCCGUACUCAUUGGGGCCACUGUGGCCACUGUUGCUACGGGGAUCUAUGGCAUUGUACGAUCUUCUUGGCACCUACGCGAUAGGAGUGUCCAUGAACAGAGCAUAAGCCCCACGGAUGCGGAGGCGCGCGGCAGUUGGCUCAACAUAGCGGCGUCCAGCGUCGGGCUCGGUGCUGGCGCUGCCAGCGGCCUACUGUCCAAGUCUGCAGCGGCUGGCACUAACAUGACCAAAACCGGCCAAGUAUUAGCAAUGUCAGUCGAAGUCCUCCGUCACGCGAACUUGCUCACAGGCGGUGCCGGCGUACUCAACAGCUUGGUGCAUAUUAUUCUUAAGUAUCGCAAGCACGGGGAGGCGCCAACGUCACUAGAACUGUUCCAAUUCUCCGCCGCCACGCUGUUCUUCUGCCACGCGGUGGUGUCCAACCGCACCGCGCAGAACAUCAUAGAGGACGCGCAGGCUGCCACCAUCAACGAAUACCGGACCACUCUCAGGAGUAACAGACACAGAAAAAUGUUUGACAAAAUCAGCGCAGAGUCCCGAAGAGUGCAAGGCUCGGUUCAAGGUAACACAGAAGUUAUACGCGGCAUCAAAAACAUUCUAAACAAGGAUCAGUACUUCGCGGAUGUGUUAAAAAUAAAUAAAGAUGUUAACCAACAUAAGUUAAGAAUAUCUAUGACAGCUGACGGACAAGUUAACUUGAACUCCAUGCACAAAUUCAACCCCUCAGAUUUGUAUAAUUUAGGUAAAGAGGGUAGAUCGCAAUUGUUCUCUUCUCUAGGCUCCGCUGAUGUCAGUAUGGGUAAUGUUCCCACUAGAAUAACACCAUCCACUACGGUGGUAACAGGUUAUGUUGAUAGCGAAGAAGAUAGGGGUAUGUUGGUAGGUAUACAUCCUGGUGAAAUCAUACGAAUUGGUUCAUUACUGGUGAGGGUUAGCUCUUCCGGUGCUGAAAAUAUAGCAUUGCUAUUGGAGAAUUUGAGCCAAGAAGUCUACGCAAAUUUGAUGACAGUUGCUUUUAAUGUCCUAUCUACUUUAGUGCCAGAAGACAUUGCUAGAUUGAGGCUUUUAAGUCCAGAUGAGGAUUUGAUCGUUCAAACUGUCAAAUUCGUGUUCAACUAUCUGAGACACCAAAGACCAUUCGGCGAUCCGAGUCGAGAAACAGAUAAUGGUAUAAUUGUUGUGUUAGCGGAGUUUUUCCAAAAUGGCGUCGUAAGGCAAGAGACGAUUUUACAUUUGAGGGAUCAGCUCUUGAGUUGGGUGGACAGUGAAAUGGAGAAAAGGAGGCAACAAUUUCCUAACAAACGGAGUAUUGUUUGCACUAAAUGUAAUGGUAUCUUAUUUGUAUAAGAAAUGGGUUGAAAUUCCAAAACGCACUAAAUAUGGUAGUGAAAAUUUUGCACCAAUGGAGGAAUAUACACACAAAUGGGGUAGAUUAUAUAAAUGUAGUCGCUUAAUCUUUAUAUAAAAUAAGUAAUAAUAAUGAUUUGAAGUCUCAAAAACUUAACAAUUAAGCCUCAAACCAUAACCUGGGUUAGAACCUCAGCCUUUGGACUAUUGUCAUGCCUACUCUCAUCAAAGGCUUUUAGUAUAGUUGGAGAUAGAAGUCCUCAACUGCUUACACAUAACUCCACCCAGGUAUUGAACUAGGAUUGCCAACCGUACUAUAAUACUACUAUUAUAUUGUACUAUAUUUCGGGUCUGCGUACUAUAUACUGUUGAAGAAUUUUUUAUAGUACGCACAAAAUACUAUAUUUUCAACAACUUUAUGAACUUGAAAUUUAUAUACCUAGUGUAAAUUAAUAUAGUUUUUAGAAAAACAAACGUAUUUUAUCGCCUUAUUUCGUAAAAUACUAUAUGCUAUCUUUAAACGUACAAAUUUUUUUCUCAAGAAAUGUUGGCAACCCUAUAUUAACCCUGGCCGUUGGACUAUUAUAUAAGGUGCACACCUUAGCAAAGGCUUUUAGUUUAGUUGGAAAGAGCAUGAAUUAGGGGCAAAUUAUUCUUAGAAAUAAAAAAUAACUAAAAGGAGUAUUUAUGUGGGCUAGUGAUAAUUGUGAUAACAUUAUAUAUGUUUAUUAUAUCUUUAAACACUAAAUGAAAUAUUUUUAACAUAAAAUGCGAUUUAAGUCUCUUGUAGUAUAUGUAACUUUUAAUCGAAAUCAGAAACAUAUCAAUCUUUAAUAUUGUAUUAAAACAAAAAAUAAACUAAAUACGAUAAUUAUUUAUUAUAUCUAUGCACUGUAAAAAUUGUAAUACUAUAUAGUGUUUUUAUAUAGAUAUACAUUUUUAUACACAGCUCACUUACCUAUAGGCUUAUAUCCUAUUGAUAAAAAUGAAAUGAAUUUCAUUAUACAAUAUUUUUUCGUAGUAGUUCUAUUGGGCGAAUUCGCUCAAAAACGAAUAAUUUAAGGAAAAAUAUUUCUGUUCCCGUAGGAAUACGGGGAUAAUGCCUAUAGCCUUGCUCGAUAAAUGGGCUAUCUAACACUGAAAGAAUUUUUCAAAUCGGACGUGUAGUUCCUGAGAUUAGCCCGUUCAAACAAACAACUCUUCAGCCUUAUAUUAUUAUUAUAGAUUAUAGUAAUUCACGCAUUAUAAUGGGAGCUGUACUGUCCUUUAUAAUUCUUUUAAAUAUUUUAUUAUUUUUUAUUAACUAAAAUUAAAAUAUUAAGAAUACGAUAUCCUAUUAUAUUAUAAUUAUGAGUUAUUUUCAGUGAAACCUUAAAUCAUAUAAUUAAUCCGGAAUCUAAAACUAAACGAUACUGUGAUAAAAAUUAUUAAAAAAUCAAUGUAUGUAUAGACCGCGUCAUACUUCGAGUCCGCUCUGAACACGAGGCGUAUGGUUGCGCAGUAAACGGAAAUAUAUUUCGCGGGGUUAACAAAGCUGCGCGUUGCAACGUCAGAACGGACUUGAAGUUUGGCGCAUACUGUAGUAGCUCUUCCCUCCGCUCAAAGCUAACGCUUUAUAAAACUACGAUCCGUCCGAUCUUAACCUACGCUAGUCUAGUGUUUGCCCACCGUCCCAAAGCGACCCUUAGGCCGCUUCAAACCCUACAAAAUCGUUUUCUGCGUCAAAUCACGGGCGCGCCGUGGUUCUUACGCAAUAAUGACCUCCAUAGAGAUCUAGAAUUACCGACAAUAGCUAAGUACAUGAAACAGCUCUCUCAAAACUAUUUUGACAGAGCUGCCUUCCAUCCCAACCAACUAGUGGUUGAGGCCUGCAAUUACACUCCCAACCUAAACGCUAACUGCAAGCAGAGGCGUCCCAAGAACGUCCUUUACGAUCCAGACGAUGACAUAACAACCGACAAUGCUUCCCAGGCAACACAAUCACAAGCUGCACAGCGUCUUCGCCGGCGAAGACGAGGUCCCCGAUAUCUAACGUCACCCGGACGUGGGUUUUCUAACUCACGAUCUUGGGGGCGUCCGGACUGAUUCACUCAGGUCACGGUUACCUCCUCCAGAAUGGCCCUCUAAGCCGAGGUCCGAGUCUCAUAGGAGACGCCCUUAGAGAGCCGUUCCGUCCUCUAUCUUUCUUUCAGCCUUCGGGUCACAUCAGGCGAUGCUUCUGCGCUCGCCCAACCCCCCCGGUGACGCCGUAGUGGUUCCGCAGGGAGCUAUCGGCACCUACUCAGACAGAAAAAAAAAAAAAAAAAAAUGUAGUAGCUCUUUGUAAUUGUUUAUUAUGUAAUAAGAAUGUACCAAAAUUAAUGAACUUAGUGCCUUGCACAAUUGUUAUUUUAAUUAUUAAAUGGCUAUAUUGUUUUAAUAUUUAUGUAGUUACAAUGGAAUAAAAUUUUUAAAUUAUAAAAA